UUUAUAUAGGGUUAAACGGAAGCUUCUGGGCGCCAUUUCAUUGCGGAGCUACUCGGUGGUGGUUCAGUGGAAGUGUAGCGUCAACAGCGGUGGAAAAUUGGAUCAUAACAACAUUCCGCCCUCAACUGAUGGAAGCGGUCGGCAAUCCGACUCACGACAGUUCUCUGAUUGGGUUGUCCACUCUCGGGAUGGACCAGCACACCAAUACAUCUAGCAAGCGCAUUCGCAAACCCUCUCUUCUGUAUGAGGACUUUGAGAGCCCCUCUCUGCCACAUUCACUGCCCCAAGGCCCACCGGCCCCACCCCAUCCUCCAGUUAAGGAUCCCAGCCGGCCCGGCUGCAUGACCAACCAGCUCCAGUACCUCCAGAAAACCCUGAAGAAGUCUCUGUGGAGGCACCACUUUGCUUGGCCUUUCCAUGAGCCUGUGGACGCAUAUAGACUUAACUUACCCGAUUACCAUAAAAUUAUCAAACAGCCCAUGGACAUGGGUACCAUCAAAAAGCGUCUAGAGAACAACUUUUACCGUAGUGCAAGUGAAUGCAUACAGGACUUCAAUACAAUGUUCACCAACUGCUACAUCUACAACAAGCCGACAGAUGACAUUGUCCUCAUGGCCCAGUCCCUAGAAAAAAUCUUUCUCCAGAAGGUGGCUCAGAUGCCACAGGAGGAAGUUGAGCUUUCUCCUCCAGCGCCUCGAAACAAAAACAGCAGAGGAAGAGGUCGAAAAUCCAACACAUCGAGAGCUCAGCAGGUUCCAGCAGUGUCGCAGUCAGCCUACUCCCCUUCUUCCUCUGACACUGGAGACUCUAUGUUGGCCAACUCUCCUCAGACUGUGCUGACCAAAAGCCUUCCUCCUGCCAACAUCAUGGGCCUGCCCCCUACACAGCCAACAACCAAGAAAAAAGGUGUGAAACGUAAGGCAGACACCACCACCCCCUCCACCAUGGGCUUGAGUGUAGGCAUGCCAGGACCCACACACAUGGUGGGUCUGGGAAAGGGAGGACACGGGGGUCAAGUCCACGACACCUCUAUGCACACAAUCUCUAUGGGCAUGAGCCUAGAUUCUCCACCUGGAAUGAGCCUAGUCAGGAGCCCUGGAGGUCCUGUUCUUCUUCAGCCCAUGACAGCCAGUGCUGGACGAAGAGUAGGCAGUGGGCGGCCCAUCAAACCCCCCAAGAAGGACCUGCCUGAUUCUGUUCAGGCUCAGCCCUCAAGGAAGGGGAAACUGAGUCCUCAGCUGAGAUACUGUAGUGGGCUCCUGAAGGACAUGUUGUCAAAGAAACAUGCUGCGUAUGCCUGGCCUUUCUACACCCCUGUGGACGCAGCUGCAUUGGGACUUCAUGAUUAUCAUGAUAUCAUCAAGUGCCCCAUGGACCUCAGCACCAUCAAGAGGAAGAUGGACUGUCGUGAAUACAGGGACGCUCAGCAGUUUGCCAGCGAUGUCAGACUUAUGUUUUCUAACUGCUACAAGUACAACCCACCUGACCACGAUGUUGUGGGUAUGGCACGGAAACUGCAGGAUGUGUUUGAGUUUCGUUUUGCUAAGAUGCCAGAUGAACCACACGUGGAUCACACAACAAUGUCAAUGACUGGCCACCCAACAUCCUCUUCCUCAUCUUCUUCAUCCUCCUCCUCCUCGUCUUCCUCCACCUCUGAGAGCGAUCCAACCAGUGAGAGUGAAGAGAGUGGAAGCAGUCCCAGUUCAGACAGUGAAGAAGAGCGAGCACACCGCCUGGCGGAGCUGCAGGACCAGGUGUGCACACAACUCCGUGCUGUGCAUGAGCAGCUGGCUGCCCUCUCUCAAGGCCCCAUUGUUAAGCCCAAGAAAAAGAAGGAGAAGAAGGAGAAAAAAGAGAAGAAAAAAAAGAAGAAGCUCGAUAAAAGAAGUCGAAGUGGUAAAAGCAGAGCUGGCUCUGAAGAAUGGAAGAUGCCCGGUAAGACGGUGAAGAGCAAGUCUGCUAAAGCAAGUGGCUCCCAGGCAAAGAAAAGCCAGGGGAAGAAGAGCGUCAAGAACAGCAAGUCCACAAAGAAGCCGUUCUACCCCCCAGUGGCUCCUUCCAUCCUGCCGCACUAUGACUCUGAGGAAGAAGAGGAGAUUGUGCCCAUGUCAUACGACGAGAAGCGGCAGCUGAGCCUCGACAUUAACAAGCUCCCAGGAGAGAAGCUGGGCCGCGUGGUCCACAUCAUCCAGUCCAGGGAGCCGUCUCUGAGGGACACCAACCCAGAGGAGAUCGAGAUUGACUUUGAAACACUCAAACCAUCCACACUCAAAGAGCUGGAGCGCUACGUCAUGACCUGUCUGAGGAAGAAGCCUCGUAAACCUUAUGGAGAGCUGGUAAAGAAAGGUGCUGUUGGCAAGUCUAAAGAGGAGCUGACGCUGGAGAAGAGGCGGGAGCUGGAGAGGCGGCUGCAGGACGUCAGUGGACAACUCAAUUCUGUCAAGAAACCGACGAAACCCAAAGCGGAGAAGCCCAGCGCCGUAGAGACGCACACCCAGCCGUCACGCCUCAGCGGCAGCAGCUCCAGCUCUGACUCAUCCUCGUCCUCCUCCUCUUCCUCCUCAUCCUCAGACACCAGCGAUUCAGACUCGAGUUGAGAUGCUUACACUGGCUGAGAGAGAGAAAGCACUAAUAACUCAGGGACUUGGGCUGGCCCAGGACACAACAUUCCCUGAACCAGUAGUGGGCUGAGAUAUUAGAUACCACAACAAAAACACUAAGCAGACUCUAAAAAGUUUUGAAUGUGGAACAGAGGGAUAAGAAACGUCUCCGUGGAUAAUCGUAGAACCCAAACAAUAAAUGCCUUGGUUUCUCCCUCCUUCCCUUUGUAAAUACUUGUAUAAUUUAUGUUUCUUUUAUAAAGAAGAAUUUUAUGAAGAUCCCCUGAAGAGGGAAGCGGAGGAUGUGGAAAGAUGGGUCCUGCUCCAGAUCUGCGUCGGCUGGCCUUAUGCUGUGUCCUCUGACGAGGCAAUGGAAGCGUCUUUAUUUAUUUGAUUUCUUUACUCCCAUUUCCUCAGAUGUUGUAUGAAAUUUGAACCAGCAUCCUUCUUGGUCACAAGCCUUGCUGUCCCUUUGCCGCAGUUCAUUUUACAUCAGUCAGCCACAAUGAUCCAGAUCUCUUUUAAUGGUUAGCUGGGUUUUGACAUGUUGAUGUUUCUUUCUGCUGUUCAUCAGGUUUGAGAUGUUGAGCAGUAAAUAAAGCUAAGUUAUAGUAAUCACUAUAUUCAAAUGUAAUGUUGAUUACACUGAGGUCUGACUCAUUUCUGUUUGACAUCAUGAUCUUUGUAAGAGCCUGUUGUCUUUGGAAAACAAGGUGAGUUGAUGACUUAGUGGAAGUUUCAUACGUUUUCAGUUUGUAUUGAUUUUUAAUCAAUACAAAUAAUUUGUUUUUGCUGGACAUUUGAAGACUGAUGAGUCUUCUGAGCACCAAUUGUACUAGUACUGUCUGUCUUCAGUAUUUCACCAGUUCUUCUAGUUCUGCUUUGUUAUUCUCUCACUUCAGUUUCUUACUUUAAAGUGUAAUUUAAGUGUGUUUCUUCUACGCUGACCACAGGCUGCUGAAUGUCAUCAGAUUCCAGGUCCACGUGAACCUCCUCAUCAUGUGAAGUAUAGCAUCACCGUGUCUCAACGGCAUCUGUAGCUCUUGAAACUUAGUUAAGAUUUCUUUGUGAGAUCUCCUCGCUGCUCUGCACUUACUGGAACAGAUAGUUUUGCCUGAACAAAGUGAAAAAAAGAAAUGCUAUAAGUUUCUUAAAGCUCCAGGAAAAUCCUCAUAACCCGUGCGUAGUGGAAACUGUUGAAUGUGCAGUGAAAGAUGAGAUGCUUCUAUAUUAUUAAACUGGAUUUGCUGCUUA